CCAAAAACCCAAAUUUAUAGUUUUCCUGCCAAUCUUCUUCCCCACGUUUAUCCGCUUCUUCCCCACGUUCGGCUAACCCCCUUCUCCUUCAACUGCUCACCUUCUGUUUUAUUGGCGAUCGACUGGUGAAAGGGACAACUGCCCACGUUCCCCUGGUCUCUCGGAACUCUGUAUAUAUAAAACAAUUAUUGCAUCCUACUUUCAUUUCUUUCUAAACAAAAAUUCGUCUUCUUUUGUAGAUCCCUUUCAACCCAUUUUUCAAACAAUCAAAAGUCCUGAUUCUCCAGGCUAUCUGUCUGUCUCUUGAGCAGCGGAUUAGAAAACCAUAAGUUGAAGCAAGAAAUUACCUCUUAAUGUCUACCGAUUGAAUGUAAUUUCCUCAAUGGUUCAUCAAUUGCUUCAUCAAUCAAAAUGUACCUAGGGUUCUUUGCAGAUUGUCUGUUCUCUAAUGUAAAGGAAGCAAUAAGUGAUGCUAAAGAUGACAUUUCUAGAUAUGUGAAAAAAGAAAUCAAUAGGAAUCCAGAAACCAUGUAUGCAACACCUUUGAGAAAUACUUUUAUGUUAAGAGUGGGAUGCAUAAGGUGCAAUGAUGGUUAUUUAAUUCUUUUUAACAACUUACUCAUUAGAUUAUGGAAUAAAGUUUGAUGCUCAUGGACACCAAAAUCUGGUGGGACAUACAAAUGUCAAUUCAUUUUGGAUGAACUCGGUAAUAGUAAUGCCAAUAAAUUGAAGUAAAUUUUUAUAGGAAAGUGUAACAUACACAUUUUGAAAUCGU